AUGGCAGUUGCCUGGAGACUAUCGAGGCGUACUGUCCCCUUGAGGAGCAUCUCACGGCUUUGCAUUGUCUCCAAGCCCAUGUCUACCAAUCCAGACAAGAGUCAGAUGGACCAGCCCCUUUAUAUUUCUCUAGUUGACGCGGAGCCACUUCAUCGCUACCGACAAGGUGGUUACCACCCAGUCACCUUGGGAGAAUACCUGAAAGCUGGAAGGUAUAAGGUGUUGCAUAAACUAGGAUGGGGAGGUUACUCGACAGUUUGGGCGGCGAGAGAUCAAAGGUUGUACAAAAUUGUGGAAGAGGCUUAUGUUGCUGUCAAAAUUUCUGUUGCAGAAAGGGAAUAUAAUGGGGAGACGCGAGAGCUCCAAACUAUGAAGCAGCUGGCGUCUUGUCACCCUCGUCUGAAACAUACCGUGCACCUGCUUGAUUACUUCGAUCUGAAGGGCCCGAAUGGAUCUCAUAAAUGCCUAGUUUAUGAGCUUCUAGGGCCUAAUAUCCCGGAUACAAUUGAUGCACACUUUCCCGACGGGAGACUCCCUGGAAAGCUCGCCAAAGCUAUUGCAAAGCAAAGUCUUAUCGGGCUUGAUAGUUUGCACCAACAGAAUAUUGGACAUGGAGAUCUACAUACCCGCAAUUUGGCGUUCACUUUGCCUUGCAUGGACAAUGUAACCGAAGAGAAGUUUAUUGAGAUAUUAGGAAAACCAGAAAUUGGCCAUAUCCGAAGGCGCGAUGGAAAAGACCUGGAGCCUGGCAUACCCGAAUAUAUCGUUAAGCCUACCUCAUAUCGGACGCAUUCUUGGGAUUCGACCCAAGCGAUCAAAAUAAUCGAUUUCGGAGAAUCGUUUCUCCGCACUGCAGUUCCUCAAACACUACACACACCUUUACCUGUUCGGGCACCUGAAGUGAUAUUUCAAGAUCGCAUUGAUUAUCAUGUUGACUUGUGGAGCAUGGGCUGCAUGGUGGGUGAAAUCCCCAAGGCUAAACGCUAUACAACACUCUUUGAACUUUUUGUGGGUCAGCCACCUUUUGAUACCUUCUUUCUAACGCCCAAAAUUCUCGUUGGCCAGAUGCAAGAGAUGGCAAGUGAUGAUCUACCUGAAAGAUGGCAAGAGGCAUGGGAUACGAUGAACGCAGGGGACGGCAUAGCCACAGAAAGCACCGGGCCCAACUUGCAGGAAUGGCUGGAAGAAGUAUACUUUGAUGGCCCGCAGAGUCCCGAUCUCACAAGAGAGGAUAUAGUGAGGCUGGGGCAAAUCAUUGGAAGGUUAUUGCAGUUUGAGCCGUGGACAAGAGCGUCAGCGAGACAAGUUCUAGAUGACCCUUGGUUUAAUGAGUAA